AUGUCACUUGGCACAAUUCAUCCUUGCUUAAUUCAAUCAAGGAAAAGAAAAAGAACAGAAAAAAAGCAAGUUCGCUUUGAUAUAGACCAUAUAGUUAUCGUUGAUACCUAUUCGCCCCUUGAUUACGACCGUGGUUCACUAUUUUCUAAUACAGCAAUACAAUAUAAACUUAAUCCUACCAUCUUAAACUCUAAUCAUCAUAAUUCGAUACCUCUUGAAAUACCCAAUUCUCCAUCUUCAAGUGAUGAAGAAACAAGCAAUCCUGUGAAAGAAACAUUAGGACAAAAGAAGAUAAAGAGGCCCAAAUUGUCGGUUGAUACAAGCAUAUGUGCUGGUCCACUAUUCCUUACAAGAUUAACUACACAUCACAAGACAAAAGAUGAUACUAAUACCAAUAAUGACUAUUUAAUACCUAUCUCAGCAUUGCCUGCGUAA